AUGCCGGCGGCGACGAAACCUGCGACCAAGCCGGCUGGUAGAAGUCAGCAUGAUGAAUUGGACAAUUAUGACGUUGACGACUUCUCCGACGACCCGUUCGCAACACCCAGCCCGCCCUCCAAAAACAAGCGUAAAAGUGAGGCUGCUGGGCUAGGCAUUGAUGAGGAAGUGGAUGUAAAAAAGAAAGCCAGACAGCCAACUGUAAAGCUUGACGAAGAAAGACUUUUGAGUGAUGCUGGCAUUCCAACGUUGCGACGGCGGGCUCAGGGUCUGAAGUUCAAAGGCAAGGGGCACGAGUUUUCCGACAUGACGCGGCUUCUUUCAUUCUACCAGCGCUGGCUCGACGACCUGUACCCCAAAGCCCGAUUCCUCGACGCCCUGGCCAUGGUUGAAAAAGCCGGACACAAGAAGCGCCUCGUGGACGCGCGCAAAGCAUGGCGCGAGGAAAACGAUCCGAAUCGCCAGGAAAACAAGGAAGACGAUCCGUUUGACCUGGAGGACCGUCCCGACACCACAGCCGUCAGCCUGCCCCAGCGUCCAAGCGCCAGCCGCCUGAUCCAAGGCCUCGACGGAGACCAGCCGCCACGACCCAGGACGCCGACGCCGCGCGACCACCCGGACGACUUCGAUGAGGAGGAUCUGUACGACGUGACGCCGCGGGCGGCGCGCGGGCGGCGACCGGGUCUCACGGCGAUGCAGCCGGACGCGCCUGACAAUGACGACCUGGAUGCGCUGAUGGCCGAGGCGGAGGGCCACGACAGCAGGCCGCCGGCGGCCAGGACGACGACAACGGUGCAGCGGCGGCUGCGGGAGGAGGGCGACGGGGAUGACUUGGACGACUUGAUCGCGGAGGCGGAGGAGCAGGACGCUCGGCCAAAGAGCAUUUUCGGCAACCCCACCGCGAGUAAGCCGGCUGAGAUGGACUGGGAUGAUGACGAGGCGGCUCUGCGAGAGAUGGAGGGGUUCUGA